CGUAAAUAUGGUUUGAUGUAUCGAAUGUAUAACUCUUUCAUAUGAUUCGUAUCUAAUCUUAAUAAUAUCGGACAACUAUAGGCUCAUCUACCAUUCAUUCAGUUUUCUUCGAUUUCAGUCUGAAGGUAGAUGUGAGUGAGAACCCACCAAAAUGGCAGAUGGAUGUUGGAAACGUAGAUCGUCACUUGAGAAAAAAUUGACCGUAUUGAGCAUUCUUGCUACUUUGGUUGCAAUAGGCCUUUUAAUUGGUUUAAUUGUGGUUGCUGUUAAUAAUAAUAAUAAUGAUGAUGAUCCAACCGACGAAAGUUUAGAAAGUGUCUGCCUCACUCAAGAAUGUAUUGCCGAAUCUGCCGUCGUGCUAAGACAAAUGAACCAGACCGCAGAUCCGUGUAACGAUUUUUAUGAAUUUGCAUGCGGAACAUUUUUAAGGAACACUGUGAUACCAGACGACAAGACAACUGUAACAGCGUUCAGUGUCAUUGAAAAUGAGUUGAAAGAUCAACUACGAGUCAUUGUCCAAGAACCGAUUGCGAGCGGUGAAAUCGAACCGUUUCAAAAUGUAAAACGAUUGUAUAGAGCGUGUGUCAACACAACCUUGAUCGAAGAUCUGGGCGUAACUCCCGUCAGGAGUGUAAUAGACAGUAUGGGUGGUUGGCCAGUUCUGGAGACUAAUUGGGAUGCAUCCAAUCAAUGGACGUGGCAGAGAUCUGUAGAACUUUCACGGGAAUUCGGCUAUUCAGUGAGCAACUUUAUGUCCAUUUCCGUAUCGACCGACAACAAGAACUCAAGUCGAAGAAUCAUUCGAAUUGAUCAAGCAAGUUUAGGACUCAACAGGGAAUAUCUCAUCGAAAAUAUGACCGAUCCAUUUGUUCAAGCUUAUCACAGUUAUCAAGUUGAUCUUGCAAUACUAUUUGGUGCCAAUGUUGCUACGGCAGAACAGGACAUGAGACAAGCAUUGGAUUUCGAAAUCGAAUUGGCCCAGAUUUCACAAAACCGAGAAGAACGAAGAAAUGCGGAACUGUUGUACAAUCCGAUGACGAUACGAGAACUUCAACAAAAUGCUAGUUUUGCAUAUGAUGGACACAUAUGGAUGUCUUUUUUCAACAAUAUUUUACCCUUGCAAAGUCAAGUGGAUGAGGAUACUGUUGUCAUUGUUGGUGCGGUUUCAUUUUUCCAACAGCUAGGUGCUUUAAUCGAUAGCACACCCAAGAGAACAUUGGCCAAUUAUGCGGCAUGGAGACAGGUCGUUUCUUCCGUUAACUAUCUUCCGAGUGAAUUCAGAUUGAGACAGCUGGAAUAUGAAAGAAUAACGACUGGACGCGCUGAGGCGUAUCCUCGUUGGUUGGAAUGUGUUGAAACUACUUUGAGUCAAUAUCCGAUAGCCUUUGGUGCGUUGUAUGUCAGAAAACAUUUCAAUGCCGCGGCUAAGGAAAUCGCACAAGAAAUGGUGGACAACAUUCAGGCAGAGUUCAAAAUUAUGUUGACCGAAAUAGAUUGGAUGGACACGGAAACAAGAGAAGGUGCAAAUGAGAAGGCGAAUACAAUUCGUUCGGAAAUCGGCUUUGCCGAUGAAUUGCUGCAAGAUAGCGCAAUUGAAGAAUAUUAUGCGAAUGAACCAGUUACUGUUGUCGAAAACGCCUACUUCGAAUCAAUUCGUGCUCUAAACAGGGCGUCUGCUCUUAGACACAACAAGAGAUUGCACGAGGACGUCAACAGAGGUGAAUGGAGUUCACAUGUUGCACCAGCUAUUGUUAACGCUUAUUACUCAUCACUGGAAAAUCGUAUCGCCUUUCCUGCUGGUAUAUUGCAAGGUGCAUUCUUCAAUCCAGGCCGGCCUCAGUAUAUGAACUAUGGUGGUAUUGGUUUCGUUAUCGGUCAUGAAAUAACACACGGUUUCGAUGACCAGGGCAGUCAAUACGAUUCAUUGGGAAACUUAAGAAAUUGGUGGGCAAAUGAAACACGAGAAGCAUACUUGGAAAAAGCACUAUGCAUCAUCGAACAGUACGGAAAUUAUACCGAGCCGCAAACCAAUUUACCUUUGAAUGGCAUAAAUACUCAAGGUGAAAAUAUUGCUGACAGCGGUGGCAUAAAGGAAUCAUAUCGUGCGUAUCAGCGAUGGGCUGCCAACAGACCUGAGGCCGAGAAGAGUAUGCCUGGCUUAUCAGACUACACUCCACAGCAAAUGUUUUGGAUAUCAGCGGGUCAAGUGUGGUGUAGUGUCUACCGUGAAGCAGCAAUGAGAAAUCGUGUACUAACAGGCGUUCAUUCACCGGGCCAGUUUAGAGUAAUUGGACCGAUGAGUAAUAUGCAAGAAUUUGCGGAUGAUUUCAAUUGUCCAGUGGGCUCGUCGAUGAAUCCACCAACAGCAGAUAAGUGUGUCGUUUGGUAGUAGUGGAAAAAUAGUAAUUACACUUGAGUGGCCGUAUGCCUACUUUUCGUUUCAUUUAAUAAAUCGUAAAUGGAUUUGAAA